AUGGCAUCAAAGUUCUUGCAAGUAUGCUGGCACCCCCAUCCCGACGUCUCUCCCGGAGGAUCAGCGACAGCCAUGCCUGUUUUCCGUGCCAACUGGUUCCUCUACGUAGACUUCAUCAAGUCGAAAUAUCUCGGUGCGCCACUCCUCGGGGGGGUAGCCAAUCUGCGAAUUCACCGGCGGCAGCCCCCCGAUUGGGAUCGGAGUAUGCUUCUUCUCGUGAUGGUCGUGGUGGUGAGAAUGCGCCUUCUGCUGGCUGCUUCGAAACUGGGCAACGAGAAGCGUGCCGAGGACCACGUUCGCAAUGGCCAUGAUGGCAGUCAAGAUCCAUCUCCACGUUGUGCUUUCGCAUAUUGCGCCUCCAAUGACGGUAGACAAGACGACAGAGAUGCCCGUGUCAGAGAUCAACUUGACAUGUCUCUGCGCCGAGACCAUUUUGAGCAGCAUGAUUCCGCUCAUGGCAAGACUGGCGUCGCCGCCGACUCCCUGCAAGGCCCGGAAUACUAUGCUGAAUAA